GAUUGUCAUGGCGCCUGUCAUCUGACUUAAAACUUUUGACGUGACAAACUUUUUGAACCGAUAUGUCUGUCACUCUGUGGAAAGCUGGGUUAAAACCGUAUCGGACAUCAGGUGAAAAGAACACAAACAACGAACGCGAAGAUGUAAAUAUUGCUGUGUGCUAACGUUGACCGGCGCAAAGAUGCAUCGCUAGUAGCUAACGAUAAUUAAGCUAGCUACUUUCAACAAGUUAGCUAGCUUAGCUAAACUUUUAGCUUAAGUUUUGGUGUCGGGGGAAUUUCCGAUGGCAUAACGGAGAGUAAACCGACUACAAGUCAUUGAAGUGCCUGUUUUUUGCCUUCGGAUAGUUUAUCUUUCAUAUCAGAAUGUGUCGUUUUCUACGCUACUGUGUCAGCCACUGCCUUCAUGCAGCGAUGACCCGGCUGGAGGAGGUCAACGGAGAGGUGAGCGUGUGGUCGUCUGUUCGGUGGCUGGGCUACCUGUCCGGCAUCAACCUGCUGGUCGCCUUGUGUUUGGGGCUGUAUGCCCGGUGGGAGAGGACCGCGGAGACCAUUCUUCUAGUCAUAUUCGUUUUGGCUCUGAUUGUCAUCGGACUAGCGAGUGUAAUGUACUACUACUUCAGCAUGGAGCGGGUCAGCCUCAGUCUCCUCCACCCGUGGUUCGGCUUUUUGCUGGGGCUGCUGUGUUUCCUUAACAGUCCCGCCUUGGAGAACGACCUGAAGGAGCAGGCGGCCAAUUACCUGUUGCUGGCCAGUGUGGCUCUGAGGACGCUGUGGGCGCUGCUGGACCGACUGUUUGGAUGCACCAGGUACCGUCCUGCUUUCCUCACCUCGGCGGAGCGGUUGGAGCUGGCGGGGUUCGCCACCGCCAGCACGGCGCUGCUCAUCCAGAAGUCCUUCAGCGUGAUGGUGCUGGUGGUGGCGCUGGCCACGGUCAUGGUUGCCCUCCGGAUGAAGGCUCUCCUGGCUCUUCCCAACUUGGUUUGCUUCGCUGUCAUCACCGCCGUGCUGUUCUUCAAGUCUCUGAACAUCACCACCAACCCGUUCGCCCUCGCCUGCUUCUUCAGCCAGCUUAUCUGCGACCCCCUGCUGGAUGUCUACUUCAGCGGCCUCUCUGUGACCGAGCGCUGGCAGCCUUUCCUGGUGUGGCGGGGUCUGUGGCGCCGACUGUCCCUCCUGCCUUUGCUGGCGGUGGAGGUGACCUUCAUCAUUCUGGCCUCCCGGAAGCUGACAGACCUGGACCAGUGGUACCUGAUGAUCCCAGCCUUUGUGGUCUGCGUGCUCUUCUGGGCCAUCUGCCACAUGGUGUUUGUCAUCACAGUGUGGGGCUUUCAUACCAAACUCAGUGACUGCCAGAGGGUGUGCCUGUCCCAGGGCUCAGGUAGCAACGGCCUGGACAAGAUUAUGGCCUCAAAGGGCAUGAGACAUUUCUGCCUCAUCUCUGAACGGCUGGUGCUCUUCACGCUGGUGUCAAGUGUUGCUGUUGCUGCUCUUUGUUGGCAGGGCUCCAGCAGUAUCUUUGUGAGCAUGUUUCUGCUCGUCCUGCCUCUGGAGUCUCUGUUCCACGGGCUUUUCCACGAGCUCGGGAGCAGCCUGGGAGGAACCUGUGUGGGCUACGCAGUGGUCAUCCCCACCAACUACUGCAGUCCCGACGGUCAGCCCAUGCUGCUGCCUCCGGACCAGGUGCAGGAGCUGAACAGGCGCUCGACGGGCAUGUUGAACAGUGUGCAGCGCUUCUUCGCCCACCACUUCAUUGAGGCUUUUGGCUGCGACUACUCCACCAGUGGGGUGACCCUGGAGGCUCUGCAGGCCAAGAUCAAAUCCUUCUUGGAGCUUCGCACGGCGGACGGGCCCCGCCACGACACCUACGUGAUCUUCUACAGCGGUCACACUCACCGCUCGGGGGAGUGGGCGCUGGCAGGAGGAGACACUCUCAGUCUGGAUCAGAUCUUGGAGUGGUGGAGGGAGAAGAAUGGCAGCUUUUGCUCGCGCCUCAUCUUGGUGCUCGACUGUGACAACUCCAUGCCGUGGGUGAGGGAGGUCAGAAGGGUGGAGGGCCUGCACGUGGCCGUGCAGGGAGCGACGCUCGUUCGAAUGACGGACGUGGAGCUGCAGGACCUCCCGCAGCUCGGAGACUUCACCUCUCAGUGGGUGGAGUACAACUGCAACUCAACCAGCAGCAUCCAGUGGUGCGAGAGGGCCAGGGCGGUUUCCGCCGACUACGGCAUCUCCAAACACUGGAGUGACUACACGCUGCACCUGCCGACAGGAAGUGACGUCACCAACCACUGGAGCGCGUACUUCCCCCGGAUGACGUACCCGGUGGUCCAGUUGGCGCUGUGGUGCGGCAGUCUGAACCUGCUGUGGCUCUGUGGCGUCUGCCUGCGAUGUCUCAAGAGAGUCAAACUCAACUGGUUUCCGCCAGCGAUACUGGACACCGGCCAAGGCUUCAAACUGGUCAGAUCAUAGAAAUAUGAACAAGGGCUAUUUUUUAUUUUCAGAAUAUAUUUAGACAGAGCGUUGUCUAAAAGUGUAAUGAGUUUCUUUUGACCUGAAAAUGGGCAGCUAUUGGAUAGUAAACUUGUCACUAACCAGUAUCCUGUUACUCCAAAACUAAUCACUUAGUUACAGGUGCAUUUUGAAAUUUGUCUUUUUACUACCAGUUUUUAUAGUCUGCAAAUUCCUCUUUUAAUAUUUUGAGCUUUGAUUUUAAGGUCUUAUCAUCCCUGUCACUGGUAUGUCAAUGUGGGGGAUGAGACUGAGCACACUGACACUUUUGCACAUUUUGCAUCGUAUUUACUGUUAGAUCUGAUUCCAGCUUGAUUUUAAGAAUAUUCGUGUCGUGCCUAUUAACCAUAAAGCCACCAAAUAACAUUCGGCUCCCAACACUGAUCUUUUUAACCUUAAACCAAAGUGGCCAUGGUGCAGUUUCAGAGGAAGAUCUCAGGCAUAAACAUGAAUUCAUCUGUUCCUAGAGCUCAAAACGUUCAUAUUGUUCUUGUAUUUUGAUUCUGAAAUGAUUCCUUUUGCACCCUUCUGUAUUCAGCUAUAUAUUUUAAACCAAGCUUUGAGAAUAUUCAGUGCACUGCUCUGUCUGUUGCGACUGCAUUUUCUAAAUCUUUUAGGGGUUAUUUUAAAUUACACUCCAGCUGCUUCAGGGAGUCCAGACAGAUGUUUUGUUUUUUUUUUUUAAAAAAAGAAACCUGUACUGAUGAAUGCACUACAAGCUGAAUGUGUGAGAACCAGGAACUAAAUGCGUCACGUGAGGAGAAACAUUUUCUUCCUGGGGUUUAUUGCAGUUUACUGGGCUAUGCAAGUUUCUUCUUAUCAGUUUUAUGUGUUUGCAAAGUGAUUUGUGGGAAGAAAAUCAGGUGAAAGAUGGAUGAAACUAUGCAAUAAAGGAGAGGUGAAACUUCUUAAAAAUUGUGCAUUUUAAUGGGCUCCUCAUUGGAUACAUUCUGGCAGCCGCUAAAUUAAACAGGUUACUCCAUGUGUCUAACACUGGGAAAAUGCAAAAAAUCUUUGGUGCUGUCAAGUGUAAAUGGUCUGCACUUUGGUGAAAGUCCUCAAACGUCCUCGAAUGCUUCCAGGAAAUUACAGUAACUUUACAGGAAACAUUUAAGGAAGCUAUAAGGAGUUUACAGACCUACAAAACCUGACCAAAACCAACCUGAGAACAGAACAAAGCACUUCUAAUCCUAUCAAUGGGCAACCUGCUUUUUCACCUGAGCUAGUGCCGCCUGAAGUCAGGAAGGUAGUUGGUGAAAGCAGGA